CUGACUGCUAUUCGCUCCAUUCAUCUGGCUGGCCCGUACACUCUGGCAUCAGUUUAGGAUGCCUGUUCUCCCCAUUGUGCCUGAGCUGGGAUGUGAGCUGCGCAAUGGUUGAGAACAUCAUAUCAUUGCUGUCGUCAUGUCCACAUAAGCAGUAGAAGAGAAAUGUUGUGGAGAUUUGGGCCUUGUGUGUCACUGUUCGUUGUCUGAAAGGAGAGACUGUUUAAACUAAUCUCGAAACUGCAUCCGCAUGUGUGACGCCCCAACACGAAGAGGCUGAAGACAGUCAGCCAUUCAGUGUGUCCCCGCUGUCUCCACCAUGUAUGUCAUUCAUACGGAAAUAUCAGCGUCCUGCUUUGACCCACGGGUUAAGGAAGGCAUUCAAACACCGUCUUGAAUUCUGAAUAGGAAAGAAAGGCUUUUCACAACCUCCAAUUCUAAGGCUCUUAUUUGCCAUAAAAGAACAUUCUCCCUAACAUUAAACAUCUGUAUGUGUAUGUGAAAGAGAUGGGAGUCCUAACAGUGACCUCACAGGCACAAAUGAAGUGGCUGAGCAUCUGGGGGGGGCUCUGUUUGUGUUGGCAUAACACCCUGCUCUCCAACAGACAUUGCAUACCUAGUCCAGUCAGCCAACACUGAGCCAGCAUUCUCCUUACUAGAUGCAAGCCAAGACUGCAGAUCAUAUCAUAAACAGGAUGUCACACUGCUUACACUUCCCAAGUACACAGUCAUCACUUAGUCAAAUAUCUGCCAAUCAGCACUUGAAUACAGAUUAGGCACUGUAAAAAGAUCUGGCCUUAAUUGCAAGCCUUUGGGUUGAUGUUUCAGGUGGUGCCUCGUUGCCUGAUGGAAAUUUCUGAGCUGCUUUGAAGCAUAAUGUAGUACAGCGAAGCACUGAAGUCCCUUAUCUUUGAUGAGGUGGACCUCUCAGAUGCCAGUGUUGCCGAAUCAAGCACAAAGAAUGUCAACAACAGUUUCACGGUAAUUACUCCGUUUCGAAGGCUCAUUCUCUGUGCAGAGAACAGAAAAGAGAUGGAGGACUGGAUCAGUUCUUUGAAAUCGGUUCAGUCUAGAGAGCAUUACGAGACGGCACAGUUUAAUGUGGAACAUUUCUCAGGGAUGCACAACUGGUAUGCCUGCUCCCAUGCUCGCCCCACCUUCUGCAACGUCUGCCGCGACAGCCUCUCAGGGGUGACUUCUCAUGGCCUCUCCUGUGAAGUGUGCAAAUUUAAAGCCCACAAAAGGUGUGCUGUCAGGGCCACUAACAACUGUAAAUGGACCACACUGGCGUCUAUUGGGAGAGACAUCAUUGAGGAUGAGGAUGGGAUCGCAAUGCCACAUCAGUGGCUGGAGGGCAACCUUCCAGUCAGUGCCAAGUGUGCUGUGUGUGACAAAACGUGUGGUAGCGUGCUGCGCUUGCAAGACUGGCGCUGUCUAUGGUGCAAAGCAAUGGUACACACAGCCUGCAUGGAUCUCUAUCCCCGCAAGUGUCCUCUGGGCCAGUGCAAAGUGUCCAUCAUCCCCCCUACUGCCCUUAACAGUAUUGACUCUGAUGGCUUUUGGAAAGCCACCUGUCCCCCAUCAUGUGCCAGCCCACUUCUUGUCUUUGUUAAUUCCAAAAGUGGAGACAACCAAGGAGUGAAAUUUCUGCGCCGCUUCAAACAGCUACUCAACCCUGCUCAGGUCUUCGACCUAAUCAAUGGUGGACCUCAUUUAGGCCUACGCUUAUUUCAGAAAUUUGAUAACUUCCGAAUCCUUGUAUGUGGCGGAGACGGAAGUGUCGGUUGGGUCCUAUCCGAAAUUGAUAAACUCAGUCUUCACAAACAGUGCCAGCUGGGUGUGUUGCCUCUAGGCACGGGAAACGAUCUGGCCCGUGUGCUCGGCUGGGGGCCGUCGUGUGACGAUGACACGCAGCUCCCUCAGAUACUGGAGAAACUGGAGCGAGCCAGCACCAAGAUGCUGGAUAGGUGGAGUAUAAUGACGUAUGAGAUUAAAAUACCUCGCAAACACAGCUGUCCCGCCACACCUGAGGAGGCCGAGGACUGCCAGUUUCAGAUAUCAGAUUAUGAGGAUUCAGUUGCUGCUCAUCUCACAAAGAUCCUCAACUCAGAUCAGCACUCUGUGGUCAUAUCCUCAGCAAAGAUCCUGUGUGAAACAGUGAAGGACUUCGUUGCCAGAGUUGGGAAGUCCUAUGAAAAGAGCACAGAGAACACAGAGGAAGCUGAAAGCAUGGCUGUGAAAUGUACAGUGCUGAAUGAGAAGCUGGAUUCACUCCUUCAGGCCCUGAACACAGAGGCUCAGGCAAUGAGUCCUCCUUCUCUCACCACUCCUCCUAUUGUAGAAGAGGAGCUGGAGGAAGAGGAGCUGGAGGAGGAGGAUCUCAGUGAGGAGUCUCUGACGGAGCUGAAGGAGAAAAUGGAGGAGAACGUAACAGAGAAGGACUCUCCACACAAGCUGUUCCGGCCACGUGAGCAGCUCAUGCUGCGUGCAAACAGCCUGAAAAAAGCUGUCAGGCAGAUCAUCGAGCAGGCUGAGAAAAUGGUGGAUGAACAGAAUGCUCACACAGACGAACAGGAACUGCAGUCUCCUACUGACAUUAAAAGGAACACAGAGGAGGAAAACAAGGACAAUGAGAAGGAUGAGGACACUAAAGAGCUGGAAAGUCUGCCCUCGGCGAAGUCACCCUGUUCACCUACGGAGAGACGUGUGAGUCGCAGUACACAGUCUUGCGGCUCUUUCUCUAUUCCUCCCUUUACGACAAGUAAAGAGAACCUGCCUGUCCUCAACACUCGCAUCAUCUGUCCAGGCUUGCGCGCAGGCCUUGCUGCCUCCAUAGCUGGAAGCUCAAUCAUCAGCAAGAUGUUACUUGCCAACAUUGAUCCAUUUGGAGCCACACCAUUCAUUGACCCUGACCCUGAUUCAUUAGAGGGGUAUCUGGAGAAGUGUGUCAUGAACAAUUACUUUGGGAUUGGCUUGGAUGCAAAGAUCUCACUGGAGUUUAACAACAAGCGUGAAGAACAUCCUGAGAAAUGCAGGAGCCGCACCAAAAAUAUGAUGUGGUACGGAGUCUUGGGAACUAAGGAGCUACUGCAGAGAACCUACAAGAACCUGGAGCAAAAAGUGCAGUUAGAGUGUGAUGGACAGUACAUCCCACUCCCCAGUCUUCAGGGCAUUGCUGUGCUGAACAUCCCCAGCUACGCAGGAGGAACCAAUUUCUGGGGCGGUACCAAAGAGGAUGAUAUAUUCUGUGCUCCAUCAUUCGAUGAUAAAAUCUUGGAGGUAGUGGCUGUGUUUGGGAGUAUGCAAAUGGCAGUGUCCAGAGUGAUCAAGCUCCAGCAUCACCGUAUUGCACAGUGUCGCACAGUGAAGAUUACCAUCCUAGGAGAUGAAGGUGUGCCUAUUCAAGUGGAUGGAGAAGCCUGGAUCCAGCCUCCUGGAGUUAUUAAGAUCCAACACAAGAAUAGAGCACAGAUGCUGACCAGAGAUCGGGCAUUUGAGAACACGUUGAAGUCCUGGGAGGACAAGUUGAAGUAUGACAAGCCUCCACUGAGGCCACACCUGUACUCUCAGCACUCUGUAGAUCUAGCCACUGAGGAAGAAGCUGCACUUGUCCAGAUGUGUGCCCGUGCAGCUGAAGAGCUCAUUACCAGGAUCUGUGAGGCAGCCAAGACAAAUGGGCUCCUGGAACAAGAGCUUGCUCAUGCUGUAAAUGCUGCAUCUCAUGCCAUCAAUAAAACUCACCCCAAGUUCCCUGAGAGUCUAACCAGGAACACAGCUAUUGAGGUGACCAGCACAGUGAAGGCCUUGCACAAUGAGACUGAGUCACUUCUAGUUGGACGAGUGUCAUUGCAACUGGAGCCUCCUGAAGAGGAGUUAUUGUCCAGUGCAUUGCAGAGCGUUGAGGUGGAGUUGGGCAAGCUGACUGAGAUCCUGUGGCUUUACCACAUUCUCCAACCCAAUGAUGAGGAGGACCACUCCCUGGAGUAUGGCAAGAGAAACAGUCGAAGUGGCAUGUUCCGAAUUGUGCCAAAGUUCAAGAAGGAGAAAGCACUGAAAAAGUCCAGCCCACAGUCAGUUCAGAGGUGGGGCACUGAGGAGGUGGGCACCUGGCUGGAGCAGCUCAGCUUGGGGGAAUACAAAGACACCUUCAUCCGCCAUGACAUCCGCGGCUCCGAGCUCCUGCAUCUGGAAAGGAGGGACCUGAAGGAUCUGGGGAUCUCGAAGGUGGGUCAUAUGAAGAGAAUUCUCCAGGGAACUAAAGAGCUGGCCAAGAGCGCCAUGGUGGACCUGUGAGGCUCAAGGAGUCCUUUCCUUCAGGAGAAGUGAACAUUUUACAGAGCUGCAUUGUCUGGAUGAGCUCGGUAAUGAGGGAUUUCCUCCCCCCCAAGAUUUAGCAUAGCUUUAGAGUACCUGCGAAUGUGUUGUUUUAGUACGAGUGCUGGUGCCAAAAGAAUUGCAGUGGUCGAAUAUUUUCAGGUGGGUCUUAGAUUUCCAAAAAAAAAAAAAAAAAAAGCCAUUUCUUAUUGCAUUGAUGGCACAAUCAGGUAUGCAACUCUCACUGCAGAGGCAACUUCUGGCAUCUUAAAAAGAGUCAAGUAGCAAAACAGGACUUCCAUAAAGUGUUCACUGUGGGUGAAGCAGGGCCAGGUAAUAGCUUGCUGGCAUUUUGCCUCGUCGUGGAUGGCUACAAUAGGAUGGAGACGUGAUGUGUCAGCAAUAUUCUUCUUUUGACAGCACUGUUUACAUUUUAAAGAGACAGGAAAAAGGCUGCUGAAGAGUUGCACUCAAACUGCAAUCAUAGCAAAUGGGUUUUCAUUUCAGAAAGAAAGUUGAUUGAGGGGUUUCCUGAAGCAGUGACAUUCUGAUGCAUGGUGAAUUUGCUUGAUUUUGGAUAUGUGUUUCACUGCAUGAUUAGUGUCAUUUUUUAAUUGUACAAACUAACACUUGAACAAUUUUUCUAUGACUUUAGUAUGAUACCAUUUGUUACUACUGAAGCAUCCCUGUGGUCUUACUAGACUGCUGUUUCAUUUCUAUAUAUUUGUUUGCAUGAGACUUCUGUGUCAAAUAGCAGUGUCAUGUACCAUAUUUAUUGUAAAAGUGAGCUUUAUAGUAGGACAUCUAUGAUUUAUAUUCGAUUAGGACACUGAGGAACACCGAAAUAUCAGUUCUUUAAAAUAUCAAUAAGGAAGAAUACAUUGAAUUGACUACAGCUGAAGUGAAUGUGCCCCAUACAUUUUCUUGAAAUCAUUUACUUUAGUUUGCAUUAAGUAUGCACAUUUUAAAUAUCCUUUUAAGUAUCAGAAUAUUAGUGUGGAAGUUUUUAUUAGAAUUAUGAAAUAAUGUUUUUGCAUUUUUCAUUUUCUGCAUAUUGACUGUAGGCCUAUUUGGAACAUUUAGCUAUUUUAAUUGCAAUAAGAAUCUUGUUUUGGUCAUAAGAUAUCGCAGUUGAUCUGCAAAUUUGUAUAAGUUUAUCAUAAUUAGUAUUCCUUUUAAUAGGGAUAAAGUAUAUGUUUGAUAAGACACCCAGAACUAAAUUGUAUUCUUAGCUGGCAUUACAGGGUAUACAAGUAUACGUGAGGUUUUUGUUGGUUAAUAUAUGCACUGUAAAUAUGUUGAAACAGUCUCUACUGUUAAAUCCAGCUGUAAGGAUAUGGUUUGUAUAGGUUAAGGCUAAAACGUUCUAUAGAUUUUACACACUUGAUUGUGUAUAGUGCACCAUAAUACAGAUGUGAUUUUAUAAUAAUGUUUAGUAAUCGCCUUUCUUUGUUAAGUGCUGUUGUAUUCUAUUGAAGGUGCAAUAUUGUAUUUAUUUUGAUACAUUCUCUUCUUUAUGAAGCUUUAUUAUGCGUUUUUUUUGUUUGUUUGUUUGUUCGGGUUUUUUUUUCCAAGGAAAACAAGAAAUCAAUUUGUGCACUCCUGAAUCAAUUCAUGUUGUUUUAGCUAUUUAAGUUUAAGGUGGGCUCGUGGACAUGCCAUAUUCUCACCAAAUUCAUAAAAUCUUCCUUAAGCAAGUUGUUGGUCCUUUCUAUUCAAUUGUGCUUCCAGGAUAAUUUGCUAGACAACUGGAUGUUCUAUUAGACAUACUAUGGAACUAGCAGAAUUACCUGCUGUGCCUCUUUUAUUUUCAUUGCAAUGGAGAUAUUUUUACCCUCCAUCUUCAAUCAUGUUAUUUACCACUUUUAUGUAGGUUUCAUUUGGGGUUUAUGUCAUAUUACAAUUUUCCUCUAGGGGGUGGCAGAGAACUGAAUGUGGGUUUGGUAAAAUAAAUAAAUAAAUAAACAAACAAAAAACUAAAUAAAUCAUGAAUCAAAACAAAAUAAUGAAUAAAAAUAAUCAAAGAGUGACAGCUCUCUAAAUUUUCUAAUUGAAAAUAUUCGGAUCCAUUAACUUUGUUAACUUUGCAAUGAUCAGAUAGAAAAAAAAAUUAGAUGGAAAAAACUAACAGUACACCUAGAGAAUAAAAAUUAAAAAAUGUCCAUACAUUUGACUGCAGAUUAGAUGGCUGGCUUUGUCUUAUGAUCAGACUCUUAAAAGGAUGGUAAUGCAUUGAGAACCUCCAGAAUCUGAGUGUGUUAAUGUGCCUGAGUGUAGAAAACACACGAUUUAUUAGGAGCAAUGGGAGGAGGCCUGAUUCUCUGUGGUUCUAAUUUUAACCAACAUGGUUAUUUUUGGAUUCUAUAAACUUUCACACUACACGCUUAGGAAAAAAGGUUCCUUAAGGGUUCUUUAGCUUUCUAAAUGUUUUCUACUUGAAAUUUUUUAAAGGGACCCCAUUUUUGUAGGUUUUUGGAUAGAACCUUUCCCAACAGGGUCAACCUGAAGAACACUUUAGGGUGCUAAUGGAACCUAAUGGAUUUUUUUUUUCAAAGUGUGUCACAUAAUUAUAGUGAAUGUAGUCUUAAUUUUAUCCUUUUAUUUUUUACUCUUCAUCAACAGAUAUGCAUUGCCUUAGAAAGGAGUCAAAGACUGUUUUCUAUUUUAAGUGAGAAAGUGAUUUAACCCACACUGAUCUAGAGUCAUUGCCAAUGAUGCAAGUACAACAUGCCAUCCGCUGACUGCAUAUCUUUUUAGAAACUACUAAAGUGCAGUGUUAACAAUGAGCAGUGCCAUACAUGCUAACUGUUAGAAAACUAAGACCCCUAUAAUGGUUUCAUAGCCUAUGAUUAUAGUACCUCGAAAAUUAGGGAAUUGAUAGCUCCUGAAGAGAAUACUGAAGUAAUUUGGCCUUAGAGAUUUAUCAUUUCACAACUGUAGCAGGUUAACAGACCUCAAAUGAACAGUGCCUCGUAUGUGCUUUCAUUUUCAUUCAUUUUCCACAAGUGCAGUCUUCCUCUCAAACUGCAGUUAUUUCGUCUGCACACUUUCAUGCGUAUCUGUCUCUGAACAAGCUCUCAAGAGUGUAUCCCCAAGACUGAGUGUGUUUUUGAUAAGAUUUCAGGCUCAUUUGAGCUCAGGAUUAUCUAUAGAUGGUGUACAUAAAGCUGUAUACUGCCUGAUUUUUUCAAAACCAAUUCACAUGAGAAUUUUUUCGAGCAAGCAUGCUCUAGAGCAUAUCGCUGACAUGAUCUUAUUAUGAGUGGGAAGUGGGAUGUGAGUUUCAUUUGUUUACAUUGUGUUUACAAUGGCACAGUUUAAUUUGUAAAACUAUGUGUAUAGCUAUAUACAACAUUUGCAUAUUUAUUAAGGUUAAACAAAUGAUGUGUAUGUGUUUUCACCAUUGGGAUAUAAUGUUACAGUAAUCACUUGUAUUGAUAUCUGGAUGAUCUUUUGGUAAAGUAGUUGGUAAUUUUUAUGACUACUAAGUGACUGUUUUCUGUGCCUUUUUAUCGUAGGUGCAUGAUUAACUAUUUAUUACAAUAUGAAAGUCACUGAGAUGUGUAUUUUUGUAUCCUGAUUGAAUUAAUGUCUCAAUUUUGUUGUACAUUUUGAAGUGGUAAAAAAGGUGCCACAUAAUAUCUUCUUCAAUAAAACUGAAUGCAUACACAAUG